AUGAUGAUAUUUGCCCAGGCCAGAUUCCGUAAGCAUCCCGUUCUGGGGCGUCAGCCCUUCCAAUCGCUCCAUGGGCUCUCUGAGAUUGCCGCUCUCACGAUUAUCAUCAACUUUCUCUGUCAGGGGAACUACGUUCGGUACACGAUCGGAAUCUUCGGUGCGAGAAUUCUUGCCGCCCGUUCUGGAGCUACGCGGACCACGGGCGAGGGUAGGAAUUUCCAGCAGUCGAGUGGUAUGCUCUCCGAGUUCGGUUCUGAGUCCUAA